AUGUCAGAGCUCCUCACCAGGUGCCCUGAGCUGUGGGUUAUCACCCUGUCCGGCGGCGUCCCUGACACCGUGAGCCUGGAGCCCCUCACCAGGUGCCCUGAGCUGUCCAAUCUCACCCUGUCCGGCGGCGUCCCUGACGCCGUGCUGGACAGUCUCAGCGGCUGCCCCGGGCUGGUGGUCCUUACACUGGGGGACCUCCAGCGGCCGGCAGAGACGGCCUUCACAGCAGCAGCGUACACCAGACUGGUGAAGUCGUGUCGGGGGCUGUACAAUCUGUACCUUCACUGCACGUCAGACACCACCCGGGCCGUGCUGACCGCCCUGAAGGAGGCGAACCUGCGCCGGGGCCCAUUCGGUACCAUCCAUCUCCAUGUGCCCGAGGAGCUGUACCGUCAGCUGAAGAGCCAGGAAGGCGAUGGGGUCAUAGUGUUUGAGUGGGAGGAUUUGGAGGAGGAUUCGGAGGAGGAUUCGGAGGAGGAUUCGGAGAAGGAUUCGGAGAAGGAUUCGGAGGAGGAUUCGGAGGAGAGUUGA